ACCGGAUAUUCAAUUGUGUUGAAAAGAAAGUGGAAGAAACGGACUCAGAAUGAAUUGCAGAGGACUCCGCUCUCAGCUGAAGGACAGUGUACCUGUGGCCGGUUUGUGUCCACAGGGGGCUUAUGGACUGCAGGACUCUCUGCGUAGCGGCUUCACCAGUGUGAAGAAUGAACUCCUUCCCAGCCAUCCACUGGAGCUGUCAGAAAAAAAUUUCCAGCUGAACCAGGACAAGAUGAAUUUCUCUACUCUCAGAAACAUCCAGGGUCUUCAUGCUCCGCUCAAACUGCAGAUGGAGUACAGGGCAGCUAGACAGAUCCAGCGUCUGCCAUUCCUACAGAGUUCAAACCUGGCGCUGGACACGCUCAAAGGCAGCGACGAGUCCAUUGGCUUUGAAGACAUCCUCAAUGAUCCAGCCCAGAGUGAAAUGAUGGGUGAACCACACAUGAUGGUGGAAUACAAAAUGGGCUUGUUGUAAAGAAGACUGACACAGAUUACACACAUAGAUUUAGAAUAUCAUUUGUCUGCAUUCAUUUGUUUAUUGGAUCCAAAACAAAAGUGACCAAUUUCUUUUCAGAAAGACUGGGAAAGGAUGGGGGUGUAUGUAAGAGGGGGGGCUGACCUUACAAAUAACAUAGACAUGGGUUACUGAGUAUUGAACAUUUUUAUUCAUCUGCUGGCAAGACUCUCACUCAGACAGGCAUUCAAUGCUGCUUUUGUAUGAUUCCAAACUGGUUGGUGUUUCUAAUAAAUUUAACAUGACAGUC